GCCGACAACAUGUUGCUCGUGGACCUGAAACUCUUCAGCCUGAUACUCGCAGUCAGCGGAUGCUGCUGCCUGAUCCCGAUUCUCGGGGACACUGACCAGGAGCUGCCGCAUCGCAUCUAUCGGCUCCUGGAUGGGCUCUCCUGCGGCCACGGCCUCAGUGCCAGCUCUACGUUCGCCCUUCUGCUCUCGCAGUUCCUGAUAAAACAAAAGCUGCGCUACGUGGCGCCCACGCGAUACGAACGCCAGCUCUACUACCAUCUGCUGCACAGGAUGGAGGACAUCCGGGAGCGAUCCGGUGGUGUGGUCCAGGAGCAGGCUGUCCAAGGGGAAAUCCUCAGCACAGCCUUUCAAAGAAAUGUCCUGCUGCUGCCUCCCUCUCUAAAGUUGGGGGAGUUGGAUGCCAACGGGGAGUACGAGCAGCUGGCGGAGAUCUAUUCGAAGGUAGUGAACGAGGGACAGCUCAACAGGACUUUGUCGGAUCUCUGCCUUCGAGACAUUGUUAACCUAAAGCCGCCGAACUGCAAGCUGCUCGCCGGAAAAUGUCUGGAGCUCUUAACCAGCGAUGCUCCUGCAUACGGAUACCAGAGGACUCAUCAAGUCCUGCUGCUGUACGUGCUGCAGCAUCAGGUUUGUGCCGCACACCUCAGCCCCCCAAAGGUGUACGAGCUGCUGGCGAGGAUUCAGUGCGAUGAGGUUGAGCGUGAGCAGAACGCUAUCCGGAGCCUGGGGCUGCCUUCGGCCUAUCGCGAUCUGUAUCUGGAGCAAGCCACCAUCUGCGGGCUGUUUGGCUACAAUGAGUUUGUAAACUGGCGCAACGUAAUGGAAAUUGGCAGCUGGCUGGCUGGGGGGGAGGACUCGCCGAAGGAUAUAUUGGCCGAUGACAGCGAUAGUCAGCACAUAAGCGAUCUGGCCUUGGUUUUCUAUACGAAUGCCCUGCUGCUGCUGCACUAAUCCACCACCCUCCCUCCCCAGUUCCCCCAUAAUAUAAUAAAUCCCCCGUCGCCAUGGUUUUCGCUUCUGCUUGAUAAGUUAAUAAA